AUGAACGUUGCGGAAGGAGAUCUAUUUCACAGCACAGCAAGCAUCUCUGUCAAAGGGAGGGAUGAGUUAAAUUCCAUUGUCAAUGACACAUAUAUUGAUCUGCCCCAACGCUACGGCCAAUCUACUUAUAGCUACAGUGGCACUAGCCGAGGUGCUGAAACCCGGGAGAGCUGGUCUGGACAAAGCUGCACUCCAUACACCAUCAACCAGGAUCCAAAAGCAACAGAAAGCAGCGAAGAGCAGACUGGGGACGAGGAAGACAGCGACGGUCGAUCUGCCGGGAGCACAAGGAAUCCGGGCAGUGACAACGAGGGCAAACUAAAAAGUUCAAUCGGCAAGAAAGGCAAAGAGCCGCGAUCACUGAGGCUGAGUAUUAACGCGAGGGAGAGGAGAAGGAUGCACGACUUAAACGAUGCACUGGACGGUCUUCGAUCUGUGAUUCCUUAUGCCCACAGCCCAUCGGUGAGAAAACUGUCCAAAAUCGCCACUUUGCUUCUGGCGAAAAACUACAUCUUGAUGCAGGCUCAGGCUUUGGAUGAAAUGAGGCGACUGGUAGCGUAUUUGAACCAGGGCCAGGCAUUGACAGGACCCAUUCCAUCUGCAGCUGCAUUGACCAACACUCUGAGCUCCUUUGGACAGUCUGCUGUUUAUCCAUUUACAGGCACUUCCAUUGCUACUUGUCCGGACAAAUGCGCUCUAUAUACAGGAACACCCUCCAGUCUUUGCAAACAUUGUAACGAUAAGCCUUAA